UCCCACCACCGAGCCUAGAGAGCGCAGCAGAAACUCCAGCUCCUGACAUGGCUUCCUUCUUCUAACAUCUCACUCUGCUCCAGCUUCAGGACUGAAACUGCGGGAUUACUGACACAUACAGAGUCCUGGGCGCCGGUGUGGCCAUUUCAAUCUGAACCAUAAGAGGUAACAGAGACAGCCAAGCAUCCGACACAGAGCCGAGGUUUCUUUAUUAAAGCUUCUUCUGAACUGGAGUGAUGAGGGGCAGUUGGAUGGUACUGACUCUUUCGGCGUUUUGCCUACUGGGAGGAACGGUGGUGGUGACAGCUCAGCCGGCCUCAGCUGAUGACUUAUAUCUGGAAGAACAGCAGUCUGGGGAUUUCCUAGAUGAUAAUGAGGACGAUGACGGCUUCAGCUCCGGAUCAGGAUCAGGUUUCAGCAAUACCGACGAUGAAGACAUGUUGAGGCUGAGCAAAGAAAACGUAAAACCCACUCAGCAGUCCACCCAGAUGAGCAGUCCUGGCUUGGACGAAUCAGUCCUGGACCCCACAGUCUUAGUCCUGGACCCCACAGUUGAAGCAGACCCAGAAACAGAGGUCCCUGAAGUUCAGACGGACAAGCCUCAGGUCCGCGUCAUAGCCACCAGCACUAGCAGUUUCCCAGACGAGGUGGAGGAGUCUGACAAGCAAGAUGAGGUGAAAUCUGAAAACCUCUUCCAAAGGACAGAGGUUCUGGCAGCGGUUAUCGCCGGUGGUGUGAUCGGCUUCCUGUUUGCGAUCUUCCUUAUACUUCUUCUGGUGUACCGCAUGAGGAAGAAGGACGAAGGAAGCUACGACUUGGGCGAGCGCAAGCUACCGAGCACAGCGUAUCAGAAAGCCCCGAGCAAGGAGUUCUACGCCUAGACGAGCAACUUCUAUCGACGUUCGUUGACCACGACGACAGAUUUCCUCGGUCGUUUUAACGAAAAGCUGGAAUCGUUAAACUGAGGAGGCUUUUAUCGGAAACGUAUUUAAUAGCAAAGUUAUUUCUGCUUUAUAAAACCAAUCGAUUCUUCUGCUAUCAGUUUAGAUCAGGUUUAGCAGGUGUUGGAGAAAAUCAUGUGAUAUAAACCAAUUUUAUGAGCUUUCAUCAGUUGACUACUUUGUAAUAGAGAUACGUAUAAGUAUUAGUUUUUUAAAGAACAUGAACUGGCUGAAUUGUAGAUCUGAACUUCAUCUUUUAUGCUUUAAUAAUUAUAAUGAUCGGCACUUUCUUUAUACUGAUGUCAGUGUUGACUUUAUUAUCAGUUUAGGUACUUUAGACUUUUAUUUUCAACAAUCCUUUAUUUUUAUUUAGGAGACUGUCAACAUAAAUUUGUAUAUUUUGUCAAUUCAGUAUCAAAGAGAGAAGAAAAAUAAACGUCCAUGUUCCCUGAAGUCUUAAAUCAAGCCAAGAACAAAUCCCGAGUUAGCUUAGUCCUCGCUUUUUAUAAAUCUAUUGACUAAGAACAAUACUUGGCACCUUUGAGUCACAAAACUUGAUAUCACUGCCUUAUUAUUCAUGUCUUUUCCGGCUAGUGAUUCAGACGGAUUAAAACAUGUCUAGGGUCCCAGCACUGCAGUUUAAAAACGAAGACAUCACCAACCUCAGCUUGGUUAGCUCACACCCUUCUAUACUGAAAUGGUCAUGCCAGGGGGUUUUAUACUCCACACAUUCUCAUCAGUCUUGUUGUGGAACAUUAAUGGCUUGAAAUUACACCAAGAUGGUAAAUAUACGAUGGUAUAAGUGUUAGCUGGUGAUUCCAUGAUCAUGAAAGCAUGUCCAUGUUCCCUGAAGUCUUAAAUCAAGCCAAGAACAAAUCCUGAGUCAGCUUAGUCCUCGCGUUUUAUAAACCUAUUGACUAAGAACAAAACUUGGCACCUUUCAGUCACUUUUCAGAAUCAAUUUCAUGUCGUUUUAUUUCAUUUUCAAACUGGUUUGAUCUUUCCGGAUUAAAAAUAAACGAAGACAUUACCAACCUUAGCUUGGUUAGCUCACACCCUUUUAUACUGAAAUAGGGACUUUAUACUCUACACAUUCUCAUCAGUGUUGUUGUGGAACAUUAAAGGCUUGAAAGUACAUCAAGAUGGUAAAUAAAAUCAGCAAGAAUAAUCUGCAUAUGAUGGUAUAAGUGUUAGCUGGUGAUCUUUAGUUCUAACUUCAUGAUCAUGAAAGCCGGAGAUGUUUAAAGGCCUGGAACAGUCGUACAUCUCAGAAUCACCUCGCAGAACCAACCGCUGAUGUCCAUUUUCCCUGAAGUCUUAAAUCAAGCCAAGAACAAAUCCUGAGUCAGCUUAGUCCUCGCUUUUUAUAAACCUAUUGACUAAGAACAAUACUUGGCACCUUUGAGUCACUUUUCAGAAUCAGUUUCAAACUGGUUUGAUCUUUACGGAUUUAAACAUGUUAAAAACGAAGACAUUACCAACCUCAGCUUGGUUAGUUCACACCCUUCUAUACUGAAAUGGCCGUGCCAGGGGAUUUUAUAUAUACACAUUAUUUUUAUCAGUCAUCAGUUGUAGAACAUUAAAGGCUUGACAUUGAAAUAAAGAUGGUAAAUAAAAUCAGCAGGAAUAAGCAUAUGAUUCCAUGAUCAUGAAAGCUGAAGGUGUUUAGAGGCCUGGAACGGUCGUACAUCUGGCAGAGCCAACCACUGACAUUAUUCUCUGGUCUGAUGUUCAAGUUGGUGUAAGAGUAGAACGUUUACUAGCUUUAAACACAUCGGCUGAAGAAUGUUCAUGUGGGAAUGAGCAGUUUCUGAAAAAAUCGUUAAGUUAGCCAUUGAGUUGUUGGGUUAGUGGAUGGAAAUUUCUGCUACAAUUACCAGGUCAGUCCGUAUGUCUUCUGAAGGAGGGAUAAGUGAACAGGAUGUUGUGUGGAGUGGUAAGAGUUGGUCCUAUAGGGUAAUAAAGUGCACUUCAUUUUUGUUUGGUUCUUGUUUCCACACAGAUAUUGAUCUUUACUGUGUAUACUGUUAUUCUUUCAUAAAUCUUUAAUACUGAAUCAUUAAUUCCUGUUAUAGGACUGAUUAUACGUAGAACUGUCAUUAUUUUCUAAAGAAUAUCAAUGAUUUUCUUGAUCGUCUUCAUCUGUAUUUGGUUUUGUAUUUCCUUUCUAAUGACCUUUAAGAACUUUACCAUUUUGAGUCAAUGACUUUUCUGUAUAUGUUAAUAUAUAAUAAUUUAUAGAAUAUAAUUAUUUAUACCCAACAUAUUAAAUGUAAUAUGUUAACACAAAACAAUCUACCAAAUUGUAUAUUCGCAUUUAAAUGUCCUUGAAGUGCCUACCGUUUUGAUUCUCGGGGCAUUUGAAGGUGUUAUGAAUAAAAUGAAGGAUGGAGCUUUAUAAGCAUGAGUGAUAAUGACAAGGUAACAGUGUUAUAAUAAACACUAGUGAAUAAACCUAUUCUGUAAUAUUCUAACUGUGAUUAUUAUGCAGCUUCUGUUCCAUUAGUAAAAAAAACAAUCAACGUUUUAAGAUUGUUUGAGAAGUCAUUUUAUCCAGACUGCAAAUCUCUGUGUCUGCUGGCCUUGGGGAAAAAUAAUGAAUAAGAAUAAUAACAUGAAAGUCAGAGCGCUGUCGUUAGAUUCUGCACUUUAAUAAACUGGGAACAAUGCAGCGA